CAGCUCUGCUCCUCUGCUUCGUUUUCAAGUCAAGAAAGUAUCGAUUGCCUCCUCCAAUUCUCCUUCUGGAUUGCACCCAGGGACGUUUCUUUUGUUUGACUCCUCUCAGGUCUCAGGUCUCUAGGUCUCAGCACCACCACGCCUUCUUACUAUAUUGACUCUUGUUCACGGUGUUUUCGCGUACCAUCUCGUCUCGCUGCUUCCAGGGCCGAGGGAAACAGAACAAUGUAUCCAAAGGUGAAGGUGAGGAAUUCAGAACAAGAGAAAAAACUGAUCGAACAAGAGGAGAGAAGUUUGUUGCUUUUGAAGGUUUUGGAAUCCCUCUCUUUACAGGAAAAUCCCAGUGUUCCUUCCAUCAUCAAUUCAGGGAAAGACUCUGGAAAUGAUUUGCCAACGUUAAUUGCAAAAAUCCCUAAGUCUUACAUCCCAAAGUCAGCUACAGCAUCAAUUUCAGCAUCCAAAGAGGAACAUAAAGACAUGAAAGGGAUUGAAGAGGAUAAACCCAAUAUAAGAGCUAGUGCAGUUCCACGUCCCCGUGCUGUCUUGUCUAGUCCUGAUAAUGAUGGGAUGAUUGGCCAUAGAAACCGGUUACCCAGUGAGAGGACAUCAAUUUUGAAAAGGCAUAAUUUGGGACAAGAUGCAUCUCCCCAAAGUAAUUUCAGGUGCAUUAGAUCAGCAAGUCCCAUAAGCACAAGAAGAGGAACCAAGGAAACUACUGAUAAUAUGGUCAAAACAGAAAGUCCUGCAAAUGUGAGAAGAGGGGCCAAGGAGGCUACCAUAAACAAUGUUAAAGUGGACAGUAGCAUGAUCACAAGAAGAGGGUCCAAAGAGGCUACUGAUGCUAAGAACCAUUUUAGUGGAAAGAAGGGUCCAGAGCCAACAAUUCCAAAGCAGAAUGGGUAUCUUCGAAAAGGAAAACCAAGCUCCAUUGGAACUUAAGUAAUCAAUUUUGCAGUUGGACUAGACCUCUUAAGGAACUCAUAGUCUAUUUCAAAGCUCUUCAUUGUGAUUAUAAGCCAUGUUUCGGUCACUUUCACUUCCACAUGUAYGUGUUUUUAUCUCUGUAAAUGGCUUCCCGAGAUAGGUUGAUCCAGUUGUAUGUAUUUUCUUAACCAACAAGAACCAGAUUAGAAAGCCAUCUAUAUGCCAUAAUUUUUCCCUUGAUUUCACCAAUGUAUGUAGCUAUCCAUUUCCUUUUC